UUUACACGAGCUAUCCUCACUGGCUUCUUGCUCCAGCUCGGAACAUUGCACUGAACGGACUCCGCGGGAGAAGCUAGCCGGUGCUCCACCGACACACGGAGGAUGACAGACGGAACACAAACAGUCCCGUUCCCACUGACACCGCCAGUCGCUGGCAAAUAAGCAUUCCUUGGUCCAAACUGAGUAAUAUUCAUUAUUAGCCAAGGCCGACACAUUUCAGCACCGUGACAGGCUCGGACGGGAUGCCUGGGAACGGGAUAGAAAUUCCCCGGUUAUUUAAAUCCAGUCACAGGCCACCGCCGGUAUGCUAAUUUGGUAAAAUUUAGGACAUACUGAAGCUGAAGAAGUGGGAGGCAAAAUGGGAUUCCUGCACCAGCUGCACCUCCUGCUGUGGAAGAACAUCUCUCUGAAGAGGAGGGGACCGCUUGUUACUUUCUACUGACCACUGAUUGAGGCUGUAAAUCAACCGUCACACACUGCCAUCGAGAAGCUGGGUGUGUAUGUGUGUGUAAGUGUGUGUGUAAGUGUGUGUAAGCCACAGAUGAGUCAAAAAAUUUGUGAGGGGCAGGAUUUCCUUUAUAUUCUAUAGGAUGUGUUUUCAGUAGGACAAAGCUGUACGGGCAGCACACAGCCCGACAUCAUGUCACCCAGUUCCAUACCAGUGAUCUGUGCCCUUUUGACCUGGAAUACGCCCGCCAGCCAUGACAACAUCUGGAUCCCGAGCAUUCUUCCUCUUCCUCUUCCUCCUCCUCCUCGGCUCCCUCUUGCACCUGCUUUACUACAGCUUCUUGGACCGGAAGCUUGAGCAGCAGAAAUGUCAUCUGAAGGCUCCCCAGAGGAACAUCAGUGUCCUGCUGUGGCACUGGCCGUUUGGCCGCUCCUACAGUCUUGAUGGAGACAAGUGCCUCGAGAUGUAUAACAUCAGCCGCUGCUUCCUCACUGAUAACACCGCCGCCUUCUCCACCGCUGAUGUGGUUGUCUUCCACCACCAUGAGGUAAGCAGAGGUAUGUCCCCGCUGCCCCUGCACCAGGAACGCCCGGCCACCCAGCAUUGGGUGUGGCUGUCCAUGGAGCCUCCUGUCAACAGUGUGAACCUCUCGCAGCUCAACGGCCUCUUCAACUGGACCAUGAGCUACAGACGCGAUGCAGACAUAUCCAUUCCCUAUGGAAAGACUGUGUUAGGAGGCGAUGAGCUCAACUUCCAGGCUGCUCCAAACCGCUCCUGCUUUGUCAGCUGGGUGGUAAGCAAAUACCGGCCUCACCAGGCUCGGGCUAGGGUUUACCAAAGUCUAAAGAAGUAUAUUCCCAUAGAGGUGUACGGCAGGUGGAACAAGAAACCCCUGUCGAACAAAAAGCUGUUGCCAACCAUCGCAAACUGCCUUUUUUACCUGUCUUUUGAGAACUCUGAGGCAAAGGACUACAUCAGUGAGAAGCUGUGGAGGAACGCUUUCCAAGCUGGAGCUGUGCCUGUGGUUCUUGGCCCAAACAGGACCACCUACGAGGCCCUGGCCCCAGCUGGUUCCUUUAUCCAUGUGGCUGAUUUCAAGAGCACAGCGGAUCUGGCUGCCUAUCUGAAGCGUGUGGCUGCAGACAAGCAGGCCUAUGAGAAGUACUUCCAGUGGCGGCAUACUCACAGAAUAAAAACCUACACAGACUGGAGAGAAAGGCUUUGUCAAAUCUGUGUUAAGUAUCCCAGUUUACCAGCCCACAGAGUCUAUCAGGACCUGGAGGGCUGGGUUUACAGCUAAGAUUUUUAUCUUUUCAUGCUUUCAGGUCACUGAGGUGUUUUGAUUGGGACUGCUGAUACUGUUAGGUUACCACAUGCAAAUCAGAAAUACCAAACAGUGACAAUUUGAUGUGGGAUUUACAUUCAGGCAUGUAGUUUUGGUAAACUGUGAGGAACUGCACACCACAGAAACGAAUCUCAAGUGGUUUGUUAGGUUGGUCAUGUGCUGUUCAAAAAAAGCGGAAGUGGGAACCUGUGAGUAACCAUAAAUAAGCAUGUUGUCUUUGCUGUUACCACGGAAGAAAGGUCCUAUUUACAAUGGGCCAUUGAUUACUGUAAACAGUGAGGAUAUGUAAUUAUUCUUUACCUGAAAUGUCUGCUCAUCCAAAACAACAGACAUUUAGUUUUUCCUUCCUUGAUUAUGAUAGGAACAUAUGAUUAUGUCUGCUCAGGGCCCCAGUGUGUUUUAGACUACUUUAGAAGUACUUUUUAGAUCUCCUGCUUAGUAUUAGGAAAUUACAUGGUUACCCAAAAAUAACUUAAAUAGUAAGGAGAUAAUAAUAACGUAUGGAUGCACCAAUCACGAAAUUCUGGGCCAUUACCGCUUGUUUAUAAUAACAAUUUUGCUGAUACAGAUGGUUUUUGUUCUUAUUUAUUUCCCCUGUGUUAUCAGGCGAAAAAAGAAAUCUACAAAGAUAGAAGAAUCUCUGCCUUCUUGCGGUUCAGUGCUGGAAAAAGGAGGUGAUUAUUUAUUAUUUCUCCAAUAUUCAAGUUGGAAAUAGCCAGCACAGCGUUUAACCAGUGCAACAAAUACAUCUGCCACUGACAUUGAAGAAUGUCAUCUUAUUUGCCGCUAUGUUGAUGUCAAUCAAAUAUUGGCUGACCCUGAUGUUUGGCGGAUAAAUUGGUGCAUCCCUACAUUACAUACAUUUGUGUGGCGCUUUUCUUAAUAUUUUAAAAUUUUUACAACGGACUUUAAACAUGUAACAAUUACGCAUUAAAAUGUAAAAACAAACAACUAGACCUGUUGUUAUACUUUUUAUGUAAUUGUUAUAUAUUUUGUUGAGUUACAAAUCUGCCAUUUUAUUUAGGUAAUGCUGUGUUUAUUACUUGCCUUUAUUUGCUAUAACUCCCGGGUAACAUGGUGGAGAGUGAGAGGAAGUCAUGAAACUUAAUGUGAAUAAAAGUUUAAUACAUA